CAAACGAAGCAAAAUUAACAAACGCAAACGCUAUCGUUUCUUAUCGUGAUUUAGCGAUAAGUACACUGAAGAUCAAACACGUUGUUUACAUACAAAUUCUUCUAUAUCCUCCAUGUUAGAAAUGGUCAUGUACAAAUGGUGAUUUGAUCGUAUGAGAGCCAGAAUUUUAGUGAAUUGAAUAGUGUAGAUAUUUGAAAUUCGACUUUUUAAACAGUUAACUUUGAAAAAUUUGUGUCGUAAAUUCGUAAUUGUGAAUUAGUGGUUCAUAAAAUCUUACAAGAGAUCCUCGACCGUGAAAAGAAUAUGGACGUAUUGCGUGCAGUGCUGAAUACAGCACAGCCCACGACUUGGGUUAACAAAUCCGAGGACGAUUAUAUUGAGAGCUAUUUGCUGUUUGAUAUUACCAAAUAUUCUACGGAAUGGUACAAUGUUUGGAUUGAGGCUGAUUGUUAUCAUCGAGAGUUAAUUAAAUACAUAAAAAGGGUGCAGAAUCCGUUUCAAUUGGGACUUUUCAAAAUUCAAGAAGAAAAACGAAGGAGUGAAAACGUCUCAACUCAACAGACAAUUGGAUACCAUGUUAUUCAUCCCAACGAUUUGGAAUCGGCGUUGAAAUAUCCUCUCGACUAUCGGCGCUACUCAAAACGGGAAUCUUCCGUACAAAACGUCGAAAAGCAUCCUAAAUUUUAUGCUAAAUUGGAAGACGCGUACGAGAUGGGAAACCAAUGCAAUUUGGCAUUUGAUAAUGAAAUCCUUAUAAUACAGGCGCAACAUUUUUCUACUGUACGUAAUCAGGGUGAUUAUUACCCUCUUUACGUCAUUUCUUUGGUGGUUUAAUGUAAGUAUGUUUUUUUGAAUUUUUCGAGUUUUUUUCAUUUUUUCAAUUUUUUAUUCAACGUGUUCAUAUUAUAAGUGAUCGUCAUUUUUGAAAACGAUGAUAAAAUCAUUAUUAUCGAGUAUAAAGGUUUAAUUUCAUAGAAUAAGAUUUAAAUUAGAACCAAAAUAUGUAAGCAGAUAAGUGUUAUAUUUUGUAGAAUAAUUUGCGAAAGAUUUCUUAUAACAUAAGCCAGAAGCUAAUAUAAUUUAUUGAUUAGCAUACCUGCGAUUGCUGCGAUACUAAAAAGCCUGUCAAGCGAACAGCAUAGGUAAACUCGAAUAAUCCAAAAACUAGGCGAAAAUUUAUCUUGUAAAGAUAAUACCUGAACUCAUUGAUUCAGUGCAAAACUGCUUUUAACUUUAAGUAUUCUUCCACAUUCAAGUUACAACUGUAUUGAAACACUUCAAACGACUAAAAAUUGUAAUCAUCGUGAAAAAUUACGUCAAAAUUCUGAUUAUCGGUUUAAUUAAAUUUUUAGAAAAUAGCUUUUUCAGUUUUUUAUCGUGUUUAAUCUGUUUUGUUUAUUAUCUUAUUUACCAAAAAAAUUUUCUUGUCCAGAUUAAUCGCGCUGCAGGUGCCGAAAUGAAGAAGCUGCACCGAUGGUCGCGAGAUCUAGGUGGCUUAAAAGUGAGACGAAAAUUGAAAAGUUUUUCAUUUUAAUAAAAUUCCUAUUUUUGAAGAAAAAAAAUUGUUCACCUAUAUUUAAAAUUAAAUUGAAUAAUUCUUUUGAUCUUUGAUUAUUCUGACAAGACUAACGGCUAGAACAAUAAUAUAGAAUAAGAAAUUAGAUUAUGAUUGCUUUCCUCGAAGUUGUAUUGUAUCGUUUUUAUUACCGAUUAAUCCUUUCCUUAUUAUAAUAUAAUUAUUACAACUUUUUAUACUCUUUUUGUAUUUUUUUUAGAAUAAAGUUAUAAAAUGUUC